UUUCGAUUUUCGUGAUCAAUUUGAUAUUUAAUAAUAAAAGGCAAGGAUUCUCGACUCUCGUAUUGAAUGCAUAGUGCAGUAGGGUGUAUGAAUUAUACUAUAAUUGAAAGAAAAAGUAAAAAUAUUUCAUUUGUCGCAUAGUUCAACAAACUUUUCAUCACUGAUUUACGUGGGAGUCUGUUUAACUUAUCAGUUCAUUGUUUCUGAUUUGAUUUAGUAUACUUUGCCGUGUUUAUCAUAUAGCUGACACAUAUGGGAGAGGAGGGUUUGCCAGGACAGACAUGAUCGCAGUUGGUAGCAGUAGCACAAAGUACGCUGCUGCCGGCUCUCUGUUAUAUUCUCUUAAUCACCUCAUACGAUACACUCGUCUAUCACAUACGCGUACUAUAUUACUAUAAAAUCCACAAGAAAGGUAAUGGUAACAUAAGUUAAGCAAAACAUUAAAAGAUGGAGUUCCCAAUCAACCAGUCCAUAAAUGUCGACUGCCUAAUAGAACCCAAAAAAGAAAUGUUAGAUCAUCCAGAAAUGACCGAGGAACACCCGGUCACAAAUUCCUUUAUUAUACCCAAAGAAGAGUUACCCAACUCGAGUCCACAUUUAAACACUGCUGAUAUGAAUGAGGAAAGCAAGCGCACAAUAAUCCCCAUCAAAACUGAAACGAUGUUCUGUAAAGAAAUUGCUCAGCUGCAAAGGGUACUAAAGUCAGAAGACGGAGAAACUUAUUGGGAUGUGUCUGUAGAAUGUUCAGGAACGAAUAUCAAAUCCGAUCCAGAACUUGAAACGGUGUUACCCACCGUCAGUCCUCAACCACCUGGCACUCCUUCGAGGAUGAAGUGUACAACUAGUAAAGACAAAAUAGCGCAACAAUCGUCGGCGAUGGAAAGAAGUACGGAUUGCAAAACGCCGUGCAAGUUGAUUAAAACCGAACAAGGUGUAGAAGAUAGACUUCCGAAAACAGAAAUCAACGUACCGCUAGAUACAGAAAUACAAAUUACUCACGCCGUUGUAAUUAAAGUGGAAGAAAAUGAAACAAAUGUGACAAACACUGACUUUAAUAACUAUCUAGAUGGUAGAACAAUUCGAUCUCAAGCUACUGUGGGGGCUAAAGAGGUCCGACCGUGCAAUUGCGACGACAAGAACAAUGCGUCUGUGGCACAUUGCAUCAGUCGCGACGAACAAAAAAAACUGUUUGUCUGUGAAAUUUGUCAGAUUGCAUUUAAACGGAGGAUUCACGUAAUAAGGCACGUGAGAAGUCACACAGACAGAAUACAUCACUCCGGUAACAUUUGCCCUGCGAAAUUCAAAGUCAAACAAACUAAGAGUAUUAUUGAUAGCGAGAAAAUUUACUCUUGCGACGUAUGUCAAACGAAGUUUGCACAGAAAUACCGUUUGACUAGACACAUGAGGUAUCAUACUGGCGAAAAACCGUAUUGCUGCAAGUUCUGCGAGAAGAAGUUUGCACAAAAUCACAAUUUGAUCGCUCACUUGAAGAUUCACUCAGGGGAGAAACCUUACACGUGUAGCAUGUGUCCGAACAAAUUUGCAAGAAAAAAUUAUCUCACCAAACAUAUGAAAACUCAUUCCGGUGACAAACCGUUCUCUUGUGAUCUGUGCCACAAGAAAUUUAUCAAAAGCAAUUCACUAGAUAUCCACAUGAGAACACACACCGGUGAGAAACCGUAUUCGUGUAACCUAUGUGACAAUAAAUUUGCACGUCAGAACUAUCUAACUAAACACAUGAAGACACACUCCGACGUGAAACCGUAUUCUUGUGAUGAAUGCAACAAGAAAUUCUCCAAAAGAAUUUCUUUACAUUUUCACAACAUGAAUGUUCACACCGGCGAGUUAUUGUAUCCUUGUCAUAUAUGCAACAAGAAUUUUAAUACAAAAAGUUAUUUGAACAUACAUAUGAGAGUGCACACAGGCGAGAAACCCUAUUCUUGUGAACUUUGCCAAAAGAAAUUUGCAUUAAAAAGUUGUUUGAACGUACACAUGAGAUCUCAUGGCGGUGAGAAACCGUAUACAUGUAAUCUGUGCGACAAGAAAUUCUAUACAAAAAGCGCUUUAAAUAUCCACAUUAGAGUUCACACCGGUGAGAAACCGUAUUCUUGUAAACUGUGCAUCAAGAAAUUCCAUAAAGAAACCUCCUUAAAUAUACAUAUGAGAAAUCAUACGGGGGAGAAACCGUAUACUUGUGAUCUAUGCAACACGAAGUUCAAACUAAAACAAAUGCUAUCUAAUCAUAUGAAAAUUCACACAAGCAAUAAAUCAUACUCGUGCUAUUUGUGCAAUAAGAAAUUCAAACAGAAAAUCCAUUUGAACACUCACAUGCGAACUCACACGGGGGAGAAACCAUAUUCCUGUGAUCUGUGCGAGAAGAAAUUUGCACAGAAAAUUUGUCUGACAAUCCACAUGAGACGUCACACUGGGGAGAAGCCGUACAGUUGUAACUACUGCGAGAACAAGUUUGCACAAAAGAACACUUUAAAUAUACAUAUGAGAAUACAUACCGGUGAGAAACCGUAUUCCUGUGACACUUGUCAGAAGAAGUUUGCAACAAAACACCAUUUGACUCGACAUAAGAGUGUCCAUUAGCACUUUCUCCUGCACAGCUAGCAUUUUGUCCACGGGGAUAUCACAAAACAAUAUUUAAAAAAAUGGAAAUUCUUUUAUAUCAAGUAUGUCUGUGUAGUGAAGUGUAUUCCACCGAGAAGAACUGGCAAGAAACUCAGUUGGUCUUUUCCAACAUCAACAUUUACAAUCAUUUUUCUAUCUUGCGGGAGAUGAGAGCGAAGCUGGCUGCCUUCAAUAUACCUGGUCAUUAAAUAAUUCAUCAAAUGUAUAGUAACCUCGCUGUAUUAGAUGUGUUUUUAUAUAUUUUUUAAUUGUAUGCAACGGUAGGUCCAGAAUUACUUUAGGAAUCAUGUUGAAAAAACGUAUACUCAACCCCACAAAGGAGUUCUGAACCUUUUGCAGACGAUAUGCAAAUAUCACUAAUUUAUGUCUGUGUCUGGUAACUCUAUUGUUAAAUACAGCUUUUUGUUUAUAAAGAGUAAUAUUUUACCACAAAGACUAUAUUAUUAUAAAUAUAUUGCGAAGCUAUUUUAAGUAUGUGAGUUCCCAACGAGUCACAUCCAAUUGUGACACAGUGUGACUCGUUGACCAUUGGAUGUGACUGGUUGGGAACUUUAAUAAAAAACAAAGUUGCAACGAGUACCAUGUGCGACUUGUUGGGAAAAGAAAAUUCCCAAGUAGUUUUUUUUUAUUCCUCUACAAAUUAGCCCUUGACUGCAAUCUCACCUGGUGGUAAG